UGGCUGUCGCAGCCAAGGCAGUGUUUUUAAUUCGCGGAAAUGGGAAAAUGAGUUCUGCGUGCGUGUUGACUGCUAACGCUGUUAGUAUAUUUACACACCGUAGUGCUAAAUUUUGAAAAAACAAAAUGGAUUCACUUCCUGUUUUCUUGUAUUAAACCACUGCUCCGUCUCGCCGGAACGGCUACUUCAGCUUGUUUCCUUCCCCGAAAGCGGCCGCAGGAACUUCCUUGUUUACACUAAAAGCAGCGCCGCUGCUGAGCUAGAAAUGACGCGGGGCGGUAAAAGUCAGGCGGCUUUCUGGAUCCUCGCUGCGGGGCUCCUGUCUGUCUUGACCGGGCUGGUUUCAGCAGUUCGGCCGCCUCACAUCGUUUUCAUCCUGGCCGAUGACUUGGGCUGGUACGAUGUGGGCUAUCACAGCUCAGAAAUCAGGACGCCAAACCUGGACAGACUGUCGGCUCAAGGGGUCCGCUUGGAGAACUACUAUGUCCAGCCGGUGUGUACCCCAUCCAGGAACCAGCUCAUGACCGGGAGGUACCAGAUCCACACAGGAAUGCAGCACCAGAUCAUCUGGCCGUGCCAGCCGUACUGCGUCCCUCUGGAUGAGAAACUGCUGCCUCAGCUGCUGAAGGAGGCGGGCUACGACACGCACAUGGUGGGCAAGUGGCACCUGGGCAUGUACAAGAAGGACUGCCUGCCCACGCGCCGCGGCUUUGACACUUACUUUGGUUACCUGACGGGAAGUGAGGAUUACUUCACUCACGAGCGUUGCUAUGACAUCGCUGCUCUGAACCUGACGCGCUGCGCGCUGGACCUCAGGGACGGGGAAGAGGUGGCCACCGCGUAUAAAGGAGACUAUUCCACUGAGCUGUUCAGUCAGAGAGCCGUCAGUGUCAUCAAGAAACACAACUCCAGCAAGCCCCUGUUCCUGUACCUGGCGCUGCAGGCGGUUCAUUCACCCCUGCAGGUACCGGAGCGGUACUUGGCCCCCUACAGUUUCAUUGAGGACCGUCAUCGCAGGCUGUACGCCGGCAUGGUGUCGGCCAUGGACGAGGCUGUGGGCAACAUCAGCCGGGCUUUGCAGCAGGAUGGACUUUGGAACAACACGGUCCUGGUGUUCUCCACAGAUAACGGGGGUCAGACGGUGUACGGUGGCAGCAACUGGCCGCUGCGUGGAAGGAAGCUGUCGCUGUGGGAGGGAGGCGUGCGGGGAGUGGGGUUCGUUGCCGGCCCCCUGCUGGAAAAACCCGGAACCGUCAGCCGGGAGCUCAUCCACGUCUCCGAUUGGCUGCCCACCCUGGUCGGCCUGGCGGGAGGCAGCACCAGCGGCACAAAGCCUCUGGACGGCUUCAACGUGUGGAAGGCCAUCAGCAAAGGCUUUGCCUCGCCCAGGCAGGAGCUGCUGCACAACAUCGACCCUUUGUAUUCUGACCUCGCUCCAUGUCCUGGCAGGCAGAGUCGGUUCACUCUGGCCCGGGGGGUCGCUGAAGACCGCUGGGCCAAGACCGGCUUCAAUGUGUCCAUUCACGCCGCCAUCCGAUCCUCAAACUGGAAGCUGCUGACUGGAUACCCAGGCUGCGAGGUUUGGUUCCCCCGCCCCGGCCACAACGGGUCAGACUCCGGGCUCUCUAAGCUCGGCCCACUGAAGCCCAUCAUGCUGUUUGACGUGGAAAAAGACCCCGAGGAGAGGAACGAGGUGUCGGCCCAGUUCCCCAGCGUGGUGGAUUACCUCCUCACCAGACUCCAAGCGCACCAGAAAACCGCGCUGCCCAUAAACUACCCUGACGACGACCCCAAAUGUGACCCGGGCCCCACCGGAGCCUGGGGGCCGUGGGCUUAGAUGGAGACAACAUGGAGGCAUUAUGAAGGAUCCUAUUUGCACUUUGUUCACUGUGAAUGUUAACAGCAGGGAACAUUAGUAAUGUUUUCAUGAACUUAAAUAUAUAUAUAUAUAUGAACUUGUUGGAGGUCGCUUUGUUUCUUUGUACUGUUCCUUUAUUUUGUGUUGCUGUUGGAUGAUCCAACUUCUCUCAUUUUGCAGAACUAAAAUGUGAAAUUGAAUGAAAAUGAACAAAUAUGGUAGGCCAGAUUAAUAUAUUGUUUACAUUGUGUAAUUGAAUAAAGUUUACUUUUUUUUUU